AUAAUCCACUGAGUAAAUUCCGGAACGCCAUAUUUGUUCGUAGUCUAGUGGUCGAGCGAUAACGCAUUUUCUACGUGGCAAGUCACAGUUCUGUGACUCGUUGCCUCCAACUUAAUUUUGUGUUAUUUUAAACUUAAAAACAACUUUCCUCGUCCAGAAUAAUGGCUACUCUGAAGUUCAAGGAUCCUUCUCCCUACAAGCAGGAGCUGCCUAAAGCACCGGUAGCAGAUUUCCUGUACUCCAGUUUCCUGAAAGAUAUUGCACUACAGCAGGCAGAGAGAGGGACAGCUGUCCAGAUGGCACUGUUUGGUGUGGGGCGAGCAGGUUCCAUUCACCUGAGUGCGCUGGCUCAUAACCCUAGGGUCAAGCUGCUCUACAUUGUAGAUGAUGUCCAGGAAAAGUGGGAUGCUAUCAGGCAAUACUGGAAACUAGAUGACACAGUAUUCCUCUGUAGCAAUGAUGCUGAUAAAGUAUUCCUUGACCCCAGAGUGCGGGCUGUAGUGGUGGCAACCCCUACUAACACACAUGAGUGGAUUGUGACCACAGCACUUAAUCAUGGGAAGGAUGUCUUCUGUGAGAAACCAGUGGCAGAGAGCAUCUCAAGUGCUGAGCAUUGCUACAAACAGGCUAAGAAGGCUGGCAAAUUGCUAUUCUGUGCCUUCCAAAGGAGGUUUGACCCAGCUUUCAACAACAUCAAAGAACGGGUGAGAUCUGGGGAAGUUGGCCAUGUGCACACCAUCAAAACAUGCAGUCGGGAUGCUCAAUUGCCUAGUCUUGAGUACCUACGUAGUUCAAGUGGGAUCUUUCAUGACACAGCUGUACAUGACAUUGACCUCAUAUGCUGGAUACUGGGGGAAUACCCAACAUGUGUUGCUACCCAAGCUUCCACUCUCACACCAGAGAUCGCAGAAAUUGGUGACUAUGACACGGUCGUCAUAACGCUGCAGUUCCCCAGUGGUACCCUGGGCAUUAUUGAUAUUAGUCGCCUGUCAUCUCAUGGGUAUGAUCAACGUAUUGAGGUUUUUGGACCACGUGGGAUGCUGACUUCCUCCAAUGAAAGACCAAUGCAUGGUAUAGAGUCUCACAUAGGAUUCCAAGGGGGCAACACAAUGCCUAUCUAUUAUUCCUUCCCUUCACGGUACAAGAUGGCAUAUUUGAAUGAGAUGGAGCACUUCCUUGACAUUCUGCAAGAUAAAGCAAAGCCAACUAUCAUGGGACACGAGACACUUGCAGUAAGCAAGAUUGCAUCAGCCUGCGAGGAAUCGGCACGAACAAGGCAAUUUGUACAGUUACAAUGGGAACCUGAGUACAUCCCCCCUAACUAGCAUAGCAAGGCAUUUCACGCUUUCAAAAUUAUUUCAGAGACAGCACUCUUAAACAUAAGUGAUUCACGGCUUAAUGUUUUAACAUCAGGAGUUUAUAUUUGAGGACAUUCCCAGUCAGAUCCACAUUAACAUGCAUCCAAUUCUCAAUGGUUAUGGAUGGUCUGAAAUUCAAUUAAAUUUUUUGACGUACGUUCUUGUAAUUUUAUAUUGGCAACAUUGCAGGUUGGCAUGUACAAAUUUGAAAAAUACUCAAAUUAAAAAAUGAAGCCUUUGAAAAGUUAAGAACAUCAUUUUACAUUUAAAAAUCAUGAAAUUUUUAAUGUUAUGUUUUCAGAUUAAAAAAAAAAAUCUCUAAUUUUCGUACACCAACAUGCAUUUCUGUCAACAUGAAAUUAUUGUUGCUUUCAUCAAAACCAUUCUUGAGUCUCCAUCCAUUGCUUCACAGCUGUUUGGAAUUAAAUCUAUGUUUACAUGGAAUUUCUGGCCAGGAUGACUCCUGGUACAAGCUCCUCUGGUUAAGACAUGAAGUUAUGAAUCAUGUAUAUCUUCCCUUUCAGUCACUCAAGGGCCAACAAAAGUGUUUCAAGGAAGAAUACUGAUUUCUUUCUUGCACUUUGUACCUCAUGAGCCAAGAACUUUCACAGCAAUACAUUUAUAGUCCAGAAGCAACACUCUGGCCAUAAAACUGGCUACCCUAUCUGAUUUUUUCUAUGGGUUUUCUGUUUCCCAAGAAUAUGCUUGUAUUGUCUGUCUGAACAGACAAUGGUUAUUUCCUUCCAAAUCUAAUGCUACAAAUCACAAAUGUUCAUUUUCUCAUCUCUGGUGACAUGAUAUAACCUCUGUAUUUGUAACAGCACUGCUGAAUGUGAAUCAAUAAAUAACAGCAGUAUAUGUGCA